AUGUCUCCCAAACCCCUCAUCACCCACCUCUACACAGCAGACCCCUCCGCCCACGUUUUCAAUGGCAAACUAUACAUCUACCCCUCCCACGACCGGGAGACCGACAUCACCUUCAACGACAAUGGAGAUCAAUACGACAUGACUGACUACCACGUCUUCUCCAUGGACUCCAUCAACGGCCCAGUGGAAGAUUCCGGAGUCGUUCUCUCCGCUAAAGACGUCCCUUGGGUGUCCAAGCAAAUGUGGGCACCAGACGCAGCCACAAAGAACGGCAAAUACUAUCUCUUUUUCCCGGCCAGAGACCAGGAAGGUAUCUUCCGCAUCGGCGUUGCUGUUUCUGAUUCACCCACGGGUCCAUUCGCUCCUGAGGAGAAUCACAUCCCCGGCAGUUACAGUAUUGAUCCGGCUGUAUUUGUCGACGAGGAUGAGAAGGCGUACUUGUACUUUGGCGGUCUUUGGGGUGGACAACUGCAGUGUUGGGAGAAGUCAGACUCGGAGGUUAAGGAGGGCGAUGAGAUGAACGGACUCGUCUUCAAUGCUUCCAAGUCCGGCCCACAAGAACCUUCCGGCGCGGGCGUUCAAGCCCUUUCCCCCCGUGUGGGCCAGUUGACUGAUGACAUGCUCACCUUUGUCUCGCCUCCUCAAGAACUACAAAUUCUGGCCCCAGAGACUGGAAAGCCUAUUGCGGCGGAUGAUCAUGAGAGACGAUUCUUUGAGGCUGCAUGGAUGCACCGCUACAAUGGCAAAUAUUACUUCUCGUACUCCACGGGCGACUCGCAUUAUCUUGCCUAUGCGACGGGAUCGUCGCCAUUCGGACCAUUCACCUAUGAGGGUCGUAUCCUGGAGCCGGUGCUGGGAUGGACCACGCAUCAUUCUAUUGUUGAGUUCCAGGGCAAGUGGUAUCUGUUCUAUCACGAUUGCGAACUGUCUGGGGGUGUGGAUCAUUUGAGAUCUGUAAAGGUACGGGAGAUUGUGUACGAUGAGGCCGGGAAGAUUCAUCUGGCUUAA